GCCUUUUUAAGUGCUUUCCUUGCCGUAAAUUACCGUUUCUUGCGGAUGGCGUCUAAUGAUGAGUUGCUGAUCUUCGAAUACCCGAAACACAUGGUAUUCAGAAAAGAGGACUGCGGAUUCAUUGUUUGCUUUUUUCAUGACUGAUUCCUUAUGAAUUCUUCUAAAAGGAAGCUACAUAUAAAUUGUAUUUUUUUAAUCAGCUUUCGACACUGAACGCAGUGAGCCAUGACUUUGAGCUCAGAGAUGUCCGAUGCCACAAUCCUUUCGGAAGAAACUGAUAUAGAUGUAGUCGGCGAGGGAGAGGAUGGAGACAGCCAAACGCGGUCCUAUGUGCACGAGGUGGCCCAGAUGCACGACGAUAUCCUGUUGGCUGGGUCCCCGCAAUGCGCGGAUAGUCCUUCAUCCCGGGAUCCUUACAAACCAGCUAGCAAAAACACGUUAGUUAAACCUCCUUAUUCAUACAUUGCCUUAAUUACUAUGGCCAUUCUCCAGAGUCCCAAAAAAAGACUCACGCUGAGUGAGAUCUGCGAUUUUAUCAGCAACCGCUUCCCUUAUUAUAGAGAGAAGUUCCCGGCUUGGCAAAACUCCAUCAGACACAACUUAUCCUUAAAUGAUUGCUUCGUAAAGAUACCGAGGGAGCCCGGAAACCCAGGGAAGGGCAACUACUGGACUUUAGACCCGGAGUCAGCAGAUAUGUUCGACAAUGGCAGCUUUCUGAGGAGAAGGAAACGCUUCAAGCGGCAGCAAACGCCGGACCUGCUGAGGGAUCACGGUAAUUUUAUCCCCGCUGCUGCAUAUGGCUACGGACCCUACGGCUGCGGAUAUGGCAUUCAGCUGCAGUCGUACCACACGCAUUCAGCGAUUUUCGCAUAUCAGCAGCAGCAAUCCCGACACUCACAGCCUGGAACUAUUAUCCCUGCGCCUUCCUUAAUACCUACAACGACUGAUCUGGCAAGAACCCGUUUUUAUCCACAACUCAGCCCGAAUCUGCCUUCCUCUUUACAGACUGCGACCAAAUCGAGUUCCCCAGCGCAGCGCUCUCCGUUUUCCAUUGAGAGCAUCAUAGGGGGAUCUUUGGGUUCCUCUAACUGCGCCUCGCGGACUUCGCCAGUCCUUCCCAUCUUAUCUUCCUCCCUCAGCACGCAGUCGCCUACGCUACGGCCGAGUUUACACCAAGGAACCGCUUUACACUCUGCCGAGAACUUUCCGAAUCGGAUUUCUAAUGGAACCAGUGCUUGUUAACUGUAUAAAAAACAAAACAAAGUUAAAAAACGCUCCUCGCUGCAGGUAGGAAUAUUUUUGUAUGUUUUUGUUACAAGCAGCUGAAUGACGGACAUGAACACUAAAUGUGCCUAUAUUCAAGCUGUAAAAUUUAUAAGAAUAUAUUUAUGUAUGCAAUUUAGUUUGAAUUAAAUGUCCCUACGAAUUGUUCGACUUAAAUAAAGUGAUCCACAUAAAUCACUGUUUUGGAAUCUCAGGAUUACAACUUUAUGAACAGGUUAUAUAAAUUGUGUCACGUGUCUAAAACAAUGUAUUUCUUUUUUUCUGUAAAAACACGAUUGUUUUUCUAGGCUGACAAACUGACACAUUUUUAUUGUUUUACUUUGUGCUUUAUAUUCAAAAGACACUAAAGUGAAAGUAAUACAUUUAUAUGAAGUGUGUGCUUAUUUCAGUAAUAAAAUAUUGUAAAUUCUUUGCCAAAUAUUGUUUUAUGGAAG